GACAAACACCUGUUAAACUGGGAUACAGUAGGAUGUAGUUUACAGUUUGGGAAGAGGUGGACCUGCUGAACACAACAUUUUGCUUUUUAAAAAUGCAAAUGUUUGAAGUGAGAGAGUGAGGCCUCUGAAGGUCUUAUUUCAGCAGCUCAAGUUGAGUUCCCUGCAGUGUGUGUGAAGGUGAAGGUGGGUGUUACUCCUCACCUGUUGCUGGCCCUGCCUUGCCUUUAUAAUUUGGGAUGUCUAAUUGCUCUUUGAGGAGAUUUCAGAGCUGUUCCGCGCUCAGCCACUGUGUAAUUUUAUCCACGCUGCAGUCUCUCACUUCACACAGGGGCGAUACCUUUUGCCUCCCCCUUUCCUUUGUAUCAAUUGGUCGGAGUUCAGCCUAUUGUCGCCACAAGCCUCUUUUAUAUGUGCGCUCAGUCUGAGCUCGGGCUCUCAGUCAGACCCGCAGGAGGGAUUUCAGCAGCAGCAGCAGCGGAGGCGAGGAGCGGAUUCAGCUCGCUCGGGGGGCGGCUGUCUCGGAUGUUUUUUUCAAGGCUGGGGCUCCGGAGCUUUGUGGCCCUGACUCUUUAAUGGGACCCGCGGGCACGACGACUUCCCUGAUUUUUCGCCACAGUCGUCUCUCUCCGGCCAUGCCAUAAUGCUGAUGAUUCCUCUGGUGCUGUUUCUGCUCAGCCUGUCGGAUCCCGUUAGUUCCCGGGCCCGCUGCUCCCCGGGCCAGGCUCCCUGCGACCCCCGGCAGCGGAGGGACGCCGGGGGCCGCGGAGGAGUCUACGAGCACCUCGGAGGAGCGCCGAGACGCAGGAAACUUUACUGUGCCACAAAAUAUCAUUUACAGAUCCACCAGAACGGAAAAAUCGACGGAUCACUGGAGGAGAACAACCCGUUUAGCAUCAUGGAGAUCACAGCAGUGGAUGUGGGCGUUGUGGCCAUAAAGGGGCUUUUCUCUGGCAGAUAUCUGGCCAUGAAUGAUAAAGGGCGGCUGUACGCCUCGGAAGUGUUCAACAGAGAGUGUGAGUUUGUGGAGCGGAUUCACGAGUUGGGCUACAACACGUACGCGUCGCGCCACCACUCCACCGAGCAGCCGCUGCCACCAGGCGGCGGCGGUGGCGGCAGCGGCAAGCGUCGAGCCAGCGCCAAGCGGCAGUGGUACGUUUCCAUCAAUGGCAAGGGGCGGCCGCGUCGAGGCUUUAAAACCCGCAGCACGGACAAAGCCUCGCUCUUCCUGCCCCGCGUGCUGGGCAACAAGGACCACGAGAUGGUGCGGCGGCUGAGAGACAGUCAGAGCGCACAGCACCACGCUCAUCAAAACGCCAACCGCCGAGACCGCCGGAGACGCAGACAUCGGGCCAGGAAGGGACGGCGGGGCGGAGAUAAUUGAGCAGACUUUUUAGAGAACCCUUGUACAUGGACCCCUGACCCCCACACGGAGCUACACACAGCAAGAGGAAGUUUGGAUCCUUCUGGAUUAGUGGACGUGUUUGUUGAUGAUGAAGGACACACACUCACACACACACACAAAGCUGUAUAAUGUUCUUCAUGAUGCUACUGUCCCGUAAACACAUGUUCUCAUGUUGACUCCCGUCUCACUUUGUAAAAAGGUCCUCGGCGACAUGAAGCAAAAAAAACAGGUUAUUGUAAAUACAGUAUGCACUAUGCAUGUCCGGAGACUUUCAAAGCUUUAGUUUGUCAGAAGAUGACGCGACAAACAUUAUAAUAUUCUGUUAUGUUGAAGUGCGAGACAGCGAGAGAAGAAAGGACUUCACACAGCGAAGCACUUUUUUGUCUGAUUUACGUUAAUGUUGUGUUCAAACCAGAACAUGAGCUAAUAUUUUUGCGACCAUUAUUUACAACAGAGUCAAAGCAAAGACUCGUUA